CCUUUUUUUUUUUUUCCCCUCGCGUUCCCCUCAAAACGGAAGCAGGCGUCUGCAAACUAUCAUGGCAACCACAUCAUUCCGCAUUGGUGCAGCCAGACUCCUGGCACGGCAAUGGAGACAAUUGCAUAGUACUGUUUCCAACCAUAAGUCUUGGAACACUGGAAAAGUCAACCAUAUUGCUAUUGCCUGUCCAGACCUAGACAAAGCUACUACCCUCUACAGAGAUGUGUUGAAAGCUAAAGUUAGCGAAAAACAGGCUAUGCCAGAGCAAGGUGUCACUAUUGUAUUUGUGGAGCUUGGUGACACAAAGAUUGAACUUCUUCAUCCUUUGGGUGAAAAAAGUCCCAUUGCUAACUUUCUUGAAAAGAACAAAAAUGGAGGCCUCCAUCAUAUUUGUUUAGAGGUGGACAACAUUUCUGCUGCCAUGGAAAACAUCAAAUCACAAAAGAUCCGAACGAUUACUGAAUCACCAUCGAUAGGAGCUCAUGGAAAGCCUGUGAUCUUUCUGCACCCCAAAGACUGUAAUGGAGUUUUGAUUGAGCUUGAAGAGGUUUAAAUGGAUUUGUCAGUCAAACUUGGUCUCUUACUUUUGGAUAGCUUAUAUAACAGAUGGGAACAUUUUCAAAGGUGAUGGCUUAUUAUACAAUUUCAAAUGAGAUUUUUUCCAAAAUUUUGUUUGAAUUGUUUACAGCAAUAUAUACAGUAAAGCUGAGAAAAGUAUAUUUACAAAAUACCACGUGUCAAUUUUUUUUCAAUGUUUGGUGUCUUUUUACUAGAUUUAUUAUUUUAAUUACAGCAGGUAUAAAAUAUCUGUAUUCUCACAUAAACACACAUAUGUUUAUAUAACAUUAAAAGUUUUAAAAAAAAUAUCUUGAAAGAUUGAUUUCAUCUGCGAGUGAAAACACAUGUGCGGGUAAAAACAGAAUUUGGGGUAUCCUUUUUAUUUUUCAAGAGCUUGCAUCCUUUUUUCUUUGAAAGGGGGUAUGUGUAGAGGUGAGGGAUUUUUUUUUUCAUUUGAAUGCCAUUUCAUUUCAUAAUAUAAUAAUAAUAAGAACUUUAAAUGCAAGGUGCAAAGAAAUUACCUCUGAAAUCCUAGGACACUUACAAACAAAUAUUGUAAUUGAAAAUGUCUCGUCCAAAUGCUAUACAACAGUUUUUCUUGUGCAGACAUGGGAGCUAACUCUUAAAAGAUACAUGCUUGUUUGGAACGUAUCAUUUCUCAGUUCACUCCCUUGGCCUAUCCUGUUUCGCAGGCGGGAACUGGAGGGUUUUACCAAUGUUGGUCCUCUUUGGAUUUACUGUGGUCAGAAGGGAGAUGUAACCCGAGAGGUGACCAUGCCCGUUAGUCUUGUGUUCCACGUAUGAAAUUCAAUUUCUCAGGCACUUGAUCUCAAACGCCUGGUCUUUAUUUUCUCUAUCACGUCUUGUCUGUACCCAUGCUAUGGCUGUACCAGGUCCUGUGCAGCCUAGUCAUUGCCGCUGCGUCUGACACAGCCAUAACAUCAAUAUACUACAAAGUACAAUAUGUACAAAUCUUUUGUAGUACCGAUUUUGCUUUACGGAUGUGACUGCUUGCUGAAAUGAGAGGAGAAUCCAACCAUUCGAGAACAAUUGCCUGAGAAGGUUGCUCCAGGUCUCGUACAAGGGACACAAAACCAACGUUUUACGAAGCAUUGUUGCCACACAAGCAGGACACCAGGAACCUCUACUUGCAACAGUCGAAUGACAUAAGCUAGCGGUGUGACCCGACACGACACCUUGUCGAAGACUGUCAUUCCUUGGAGAGUGGUCGACCAGAGGAAGAGCUGGCUUAGGAACGUGAAAGACUGGACUAGUCGUCCUGUGAAGGACCUGCUCACUAGAUAUGUAUAUCGCCCAUAAUAUGCGGGCCUUAUCAGCUGCACCGUCUAUCCAUGUGCUCUUUCUAACGACAGGUAUACCAGUCAAGGGACGGAUGACCGAAUGUCUAACCUGUAGCCAUAAAUAAGGAUGGGAACUAUGAUAUUCAAUCGGUGGCAUCUCUGAUGGUACUGUGGUGCCAAACUCUCUUUUCAUUGUAUCGCAAUCUUUCAUCGGUGGGCUAGGCUGGAAACCAAUCGCAGGAAGUGUAGAUAUUGUUAAGUCUGUGAAGAAAAAGUCAGUCAUCUAAGAAUUCCAAAAGAAAAAAAUCCCAAAUAAAAAUAACAUUAUUUAGUCUGAACCUUUGUCUAGUGUCUGAAAGAUCCUGUAAAAAUGUGCGGGGUAUGUUUCAGUAAAACGACAUGAACGUUAUACUGUUGUAUGUUGUUUUAGUCGACGCCUGGAUCGUUUAUUUGCUUUUACCUGUGCAACCGGUGUGCUGGCAGGUUUCAGUUCCUAUCUUGAUGGACAGUUUGGCAUGAUGCUAAAUAAAGACCAUUUACAAAAAAA